AUGAAAAUAUUUCUCUAUUCCCCUUUAGCUCAUUUUCAAAAUAAAUUUCCAAUUAAAGUUUAUCAAGUUCAAGUUAUUCGAGAAAAACACAAGAAAGCUUUAAUGAAAUUUAAAUUGAAAGACUCUCAAAUGAAAUUAAAUCAGAGAAUGAAGAGCUUCACGAUGCAAACGUUCAAAGAAUUUUGCAACUCGAAAGUUUCCAAAUAA